CAGGGUAAGUUGUGUAGGGCGGGGGAGGUAUUUUACGAGGGCAGUUUCCCCACAUAUUUGCUUUGAGUAAAUCUUAUAAAAUAAUUUGUCGCAGCACGAUCCAGCAAGUAAGCAACGCUUGAUAUCCACUAAGGGGAAUUACCUGAUUACGAAGGGGAUAGUAUCAGCAUCUCCUAAAUAAGGCAUGACUGACAGGAAGGCAGUAAUCAAGAAUGCUGACAUGUCUGAGGACAUGCAGCAGGACGCAGUGGACUGUGCUACCCAGGCCAUGGAGAAGUAUAAUAUAGAGAAGGACAUUGCAGCCUACAUAAAGAAGGAAUUUGACAAGAAGUAUAACCCUACAUGGCAUUGCAUUGUUGGAAGGAACUUCGGCAGCUAUGUCACUCAUGAGACAAAGCAUUUCAUCUACUUCUACUUAGGGCAGGUGGCCAUCCUCCUCUUCAAGUCUGGCUGAGUUCUCUUUGAGGCCUGGAGUGCCUCUCUUCCCAACCUGGACUGUAAUGCACUGGUGGCUGAUGUCACAACUUCCCAUACACUUCAAAUAUUAAAAUAUAAACAUACCAUGAUGAUACAAAACUGGCUGUGCACAACUGCAUGGAUUAAGAUGUACCAUAUUUAAUGUGUAUAUGUUACAGUAAAAAAAAUAUUACUUUUCACUAGUUUCCAUAAAAUGCAACUGGAAGAGAUGUUUGUUAUAAUUAAUUUGUAAAUGCUUUAACAGUGGCCUUUGAUUGUAUAAUAAAGGAAAGCUAGAGAUUGUAGUUCUGCAUCUGCUUUCCCCCAGAGCUGUUUUGUUUUCAGUGACUUCUGUGCUGUCAUUUUUAAAUGUGUUUAGUUGCUCCAGACGUUGACGUACUACAGCAGUUUGUAAUGCCUGUAUUGCCAGAGGUACAAGUGAGCCUAGCGCAGUGUGAUUGGACACGUCGUCACAGAUUUGCAACUGCUGUUAUCUAUCCCAUUUUCCCACAAUCUUAUUUCAUGAGCUGGAAUGUCUUAUCUGGCAUUUUUCUAUUGCUAUUUGUAUUCCAAGUCAGAGUUCCAAUGCUGACUUGUUUAGAUGCUUGGAGGUUCCAUUUGCAGAGGGUUGACACCAUCCACACUUGAACCUAUUCUGGCUGUGCAACAAAGGACUGAAUGUUGGUGUUCAGGUCCUCUUGUAGACUUUCAAAUUGUAAGAAAAUAUUAAUCUUCAGUGGAUACUUUUUUUACUUUAUUUGCUAUGUUGGUUGUUUCUGUUUAUAGUUUAAUGCAAAUUGCUGUAUGAUUUGCACAGACGUACCUCUUAUUCUCAGUUCAUGGGCACCUGAAAUCAAUUGCACUUCACUGAAGGGAUAUUCCGUCAGAGGCCCUAGAUCUACUUUCCCAGAGUAAGAUUAACUUGAUACCAUUUUUUUUUUAUGUCUCAAGUGUGAAGGAAGUUGGAGGUUGUUUCGUGAGCUAAUGCUACCUAGCAUUGGUGUAAUGACUCAAAGUUGCUAAUAGAUAGCGCAAGGACUGGAAGUCUAUGGUUAACGGAUCAAAGUUAUAAUUGACUCCUGGCAAGUAGCUAAAGGGCCUCGUUACCAAAAUGCUGAAGUGUCCCUUUUAAAGGUGUCCAGUAAACUUAACUUUAAUGUAGUCAAUCUAUAAUCAAGUCAAUGAUUAAACAUUUCAUUGUAUCCUG